AAGGUAAUUGGUCUUCAGUCCGUGGUGCGGCGCGAAGGAUUGAAUUUUGCCUUGUAUUUGUCGUUCACCAAAUGAAGUGUUUAAUGGUACUUUCAAACUAAGCACACUGGAUCUCCAGGAUAUGAUUGGUGCCUACCAAGCCCAAGAAUUUGAACCAUAUGGGAGGGGGCAUGUGGCAGCUCAUCCAGGGAAAGUACAGCUGCAGAUUAAGAAGUCGUCAACACUGGAACAUGGAAUACCGCUAGUGAAAGCAAUAAAGGAUAUUUCCUUACACGAAAACUCAAAAAAGGAGCACUGGCACAAGAGGAAAAAUGUGACAAACAAUUGUAUUGAGGAACUCUACAUCAAGGAAAGCACUGUCGUGUGGAGCAGGGGAGGGAAUGAGGAAAGCAGAAAGGUUAUUAAAACUGUCACUGUCGACUCAGCAGUACAGCAGGCCUUGUGGUGCACAUUUACUUUACCUGACAGUCUGAGUGAUGUGGAACAGAAAAGUAAUACCUUAGAUAUGAUAGGUCACAAAGAACAUGGUAUAUGUAUUGUGGAGUCUGGGUGUGUGAAUGUAUUCACUGACGAGGGAAAAGAUUACAUUUCCACAUUGCCAUUCCAGGUAUCUGGAGCCUGGGUUAUAAAGAAUGGAUUGAUGUUUGAGAGAACUGUGACACACAGAGAGAUGGCAAAUUCUAAAAGGGUGACCCCACUCCCUGUCCUCUUCACUAUGCUCCACCCACUGGAUGAGCUGGCACCUGUCAUUAGCAAGUCUACAGGUGGCAUGAAUGCAUCAAAGGUCCAGUUUGUGACCAGCCACAGCCAUCAGAUAGUGUUCACCAGUGAGGACCCCUCACUUGCUGUGCUGUAUGACACAGUACAUGGGGUGCACUCUAUAUGGAAGAUAAGAAGGGCAAAGUUAGAGGAAGGGUUUUCAGCCUCUGGGAUGGACUUGAUGGGCAGUCUUCCUGUCCAGUCUGCUGCCACAACACCACUGCCAGGACACAGUCAUUCCAGCAGCAGUAGCUCCCUGUCCAGAGUGACCUUCUCCAGCCUGUCGCCAUCUUCCAGCAUGUCACCAUUCAGAAGUCACCCCAGCCGAGUCAACUCUCCUGCUUCACGCUCUAUCAGUAGUCCAUCUCUCACACAAUCAGCAUCACUCAAUCAAAUGCAGUCCCCGUCUGUGGCAUCAAACAGUCUCUAUAGGUUCCAGACUCCAUCUCCUGGAGUGCGGUCCCCAGCGUGUCUGUCUCGUACCCCAGUGACUCACAACACCACUCUCUGGAAUGACACCUGUGCCGAGGCGGGGGAGCCCCUGACGCCUGAUGUGUGUCUGGAACAAGUGUGGACGGAUCUCGGCAUCACUGGAGGUCGCAGGCACAGUGGCCGUGCAAGUAAAGUCUUCAUUACCACUGACUUGCGUGAACAGCAGUAUUUGUGCUACUUAAUACCAACAGAAAAACAACUUAGGUGUUUGAAAUUUGAAGAGAGCAAUGACAGAAGUCAGUUGAUAUUUGGAACAGCACUGACCAUUCCUGCCAGGGAUGCUGGUCCAUUGGAGACAUUAAACAUGAUGGUGGUCCUGGACCCUGGCAGCAACCUAGUGCUGUAUACAGGCACCACACAAGUGAACAGUAUCCAUGUUCCUGGCAUUCCCUUGGCCACGCCUUCCACUUCCUUGUCCUAUCCCCCUGUACCAGACAGCCCGGCGCGGGGACCUUUUUCCUCCAGUAGACCUCCCAGUGCCAUGGACACAGGAUUUGAGGAGGAGGUAAAUCUGCUAUCACCAGUGCCAACUGAGUUCAAUGAAUCGAGUCAGCUUCUAGAUGGUUCCUUGGCUGAAGAGUUGUCUUCCUGGCAGUUUCCUAGUAUUAUAGCAGGGAUAAAGGAUCCUGUAGAGAAUCAGUUCACUGUGGAACUUGCUAAUGGCCAGCUAUUUCAUACUGGACUACCAGAUCUUGCUGAAUCCCCUUUAGUGAGGCUUUGUCUGAAAGCAGUUAGCCAGGUUCUGCCCCGAGAUGUGGGCAUACAGGUGCUGGUCAAGUGGUAUGCAGUCCGUAAUGCAGCUGGUAUAGUCUCCAGUCAAUCAGAAUGGACAAAGUUUGUCAAGUGCAUGUUUAAUCUGAUGGGAUACGAUGCGGGAAAGUUGGCUCUUACAAAGAAGUACAAUAUGGACAGCAGUGCAUCUCCUGUGAUGACUACAAAGAAAGCAAGAACAUCAGACCAUGGAACUGAAGAGGAUUGGCAAUACCUGCUGUCCUCUGACCAUCACAAGCUCAGUCAGAAUACCCACAGUUACAGCCUGGGAGUAGAAGAAGCGAUUCCCUUACAGUCCCCAUCCCUUUCCUGUCACACAGUGGGCACAGCAGAUGUGCAAGCUUUGCUCUUCUCACACAUACCUGCAGUCAUGUUUGCUUUACAUUUGGCAUAUGAGAAUGCCAAACUCAACAGACUACUUUCUGAAGAGUUGAAGUCAAUAGCAACAGUGCUACACCAGCUCUCAAGAGAUCUAAAGUGUGAGGCUUACAUUGAUCAUUACUGCAGAGAUUUCCCACAUCUUUUUAAUGUGUUGCAAGAAAGAAGCCAAUUUUCUUCUGAAAAUCUUCAAAAAAUGCACAGGCCCCAUUUUUUCAGUGUGAACCCUCCCAGCAUCUACAGAUGGCUGUACCAAGUGCUGAAGGGAGCAGAACCCGAUGUGUUCCCUUAUCUUCCAAAUGUGACAUUGUCAGUCAGAAAUAUCGUCAUAUUAUUUACAGUCUUGUGUACCAACAGUGGACAAGAACCAGACAAAGAGAAAUAUUUAAAGAAAAUCGCAGCUGCAGGUCACAGACCAACAUCAACUAAUGUCUCACUGUCCAAAAGUUUUGCUGGAUCAUCUCAAGCCUCCAUUUCUACAAAUAUUUUGCAGCUGAUGACUGAACUAGGAAUAACCUUUGAGUCAAUAGAAAACCUGCUACUGGGGGUGGCAUUGCCUUUGAGAGAAGCGAUCUACCAUGGUAGAGAAACACCACCUUCUACAUUACCAGAGGAAGCUUAUCAGUUAAUAGGAAGGGAAGAUUUAGCCAAGCAAGUCCACUGUGAGCACACUCCAUACACAGCUCCUCCAGGCAGCCAUGAGACCUCUGCCAAAAAUGUCAGAGAAGAUGAGGAUGGGAUGAAUAAUCUAGACAAGGAGCUGCUCAGGCUGCGGUUCAAUGAAGAUCACAGAAUUCAGGAAGUUCGCAAGUUGCUACGAUCUUCUAAACCUGUCAAAAUCAUGCUUACUCAGAAGCCUGAAGUUAGCGACCAUGAUUUCAUAGAAGAGCAGAGCAGGCAUCUGUACUCUAUCUGCAUCAGAACAAUGGCUCUCCCAUUGGGAAGGGGUAUGUUUACAUUAAGUACUUACCACCCUGUUGUCACAGAAACACUGCCCAUUCCCAAACUUUGUCUCACUGGACGUGUGCCACCAAGAAACACGACCAUAGACCUGAGUCACAUCGAGACCCCAGCCAACAUGAAUGUGUGGCCACAGUUCCACAAUGGAGUUGCAGCAGGACUUAAGAUUGCCAACUCCUCUCAGGUUGAUUCUACAUGGAUCAUCUAUAACAAACCAAAAAGUAAUGAGUUGACCAAUGAACAUGCAGGCUUCUUAAUGGCCCUGGGUUUGAAUGGUCAUCUCUCCAAUCUGGCAACCAUGAAUGUCCACGACUAUUUAUGCAGGGGACAUGAUAUGACAGGUGUUGGAUUGUUGCUGGGAAUUGCUGCGGCAAAGAGAGGCACAAUGGACCAUGCGACUGUUCGUCUUCUCAGUAUCCACAUAGCAGCCAUGUUGCCACCUACCUCCACAGAGCUGGAUGUUCCCCACGUGGUGCAAGUGUCGGCCAUCUUGGGCAUGGGUCUGGUCUAUCAGGGUACGGCACACAGGCACGUGGCCGAGGUGCUGCUGGCUGAGAUAGGCCGUCCUCCAGGGCCCGAAAUGGACAAUGCUACUGACCGUGAGUCUUACUCCUUAGCAUCUGGACUUGCCUUAGGGAUGGUCAUGUUAGGGAGAGGCAGUGAGACCUUGGGAUUGUCUGACCUAAACAUGGCCGACCAGCUCUAUCACUUCAUGGUUGGAGGACAUAAAAGGCCCAUGACUGGCCUAAAUAAAGAGCGAUACAAAUCUCCAAGUUACCAAAUUAAAGAAGGGGAUGCAGUCAAUGUCAAUGUGACCUCCCCUGGUGCUACCCUAGCCCUUGGGAUGAUGUUCUUCAAGAGCAAUAACAGCGCUGUUGCCCAGUGGUUGAUGGCACCUGACACACAGUUUCUAUUGGAUUUUGUUAGGCCAGAUUUCCUUAUGCUUAGAGUUAUCAGUCAGGGACUUGUUUUGUGGGAUUCAGUAUUGCCUUCCAAAUUAUGGAUUGAACAGAAUAUUCCACAGGUAAUAAAAAUGUAUGCAUUCAACAGGGAUAAAUACCAAAAUGAUCCAACCUGUGAUACUGACUUUGAAACUAUGAGUCAAGCCUACUGCAACAUCGUAGCUGGAGGAUGCAUGGCAAUAGCACUGAAGUUUGCUGGAUCAGCUAAUCAAGAAGCAUUUGAAUGUUUGCUGGACUAUGCAAAGGUGUUCAUCCAGUAUUUGAACACUGCCUCCUCCAUUGAACAAGCUGGGAAGAGUAGCCUAGAAAGCUGCCUCAUAGUGGUGGUACUGUCUUUGGCCAUGGUGAUGGCUGGGACUGGUCAUUUGGAGGUGUUAAGAAUCUGCCGCCUGUUGAGGACCAGAGUGGGGCCAAGCUACAACUAUGUCCUCUAUGGCUCCCACAUGGCAGUCAGCAUGGCUGUGGGGCUGCUGUUUCUAGGUGGAGGAAGAUAUACUCUGAGCACCAAGCCAGAAGCUGUGGCUGCUAUGCUGUGUGCUUUCUUCCCAAAGUUUCCCAAUCACAGCAAUGAUAACAGGUAUCACCUUCAAGCUUUUAGGCAUUUGUAUGUGCUGGCUGCAGACUCGAGAAUUCUUAUCCCUCGAGAUGUUGACACAGGCUGCCCAAGCUAUGUUCCUCUACAAAUUACUGUCAAGCCAUCUUCAUCCUGUCCCCCCAAAGAGUAUCAGGUCAUGGCUCCUUGUUUAUUACCGGAAUUAAACCAACUGCAGCAGGUUGUUGUUACUGGAGAGCGGUAUUGGCCAGUCUCUUUUUGCGCAGACCAAAAUUGGAAUAAACUACAACACAUAUUAAGUACCAGCGGUACUCUGUAUGUCAAGCAGAGGGCAGGCCACCUGACAUAUAUGGAAGACCCAAAGGGAUACCACAGCUUGUUAGCUAAAUCAUUUGUGAGUGAUAAAGGUGGCCAUCAGCGAGUGCAGCCUGAAGUUAUCAAGUCGUUUACUUCAGAUGCAAGGAUUCUCUCAUUUACAGAAUCAUUUUGCAAAGAGCAUAGUGAUCAGGAAUAUCCUCAGACGUCAAUGCUUUCUUCACUACUCCAUGAAUGUGUGACUCAGGAGAAACCAGAGAUGCUGAGCAUGUACAUAGAGUUGCACCAGAUUAUUGGUAGUCUUUCACAGGGGUUGGAUUCCAUGAAAUGCUGGCAGGUGAAGCUGGCUCUGGCUCUUUACAGAAGAUUUGGGUCUGAGAGGAGGUUGCUGGCAACAGAAUUCUUACUGGCUGCCGAGAGUAAAAUAAAUGUGAUAUUUGAGGAAUGGUUGAAAGGUCAUCCUUCUUCAGUGGCCAAGUACUUCAGCAGCCAUCAGUGUGAUGAAUUUGUGGAUGCCACUUUCCUGGGCACAUUUUUGGUUUGGCAUGAUCUCCCUCUGCCAGGAUAUUUCCAAAACCAAGAUUUGAAAGCGCUCCAGGAAUUUCCACAGUUCUAUUCAGAAUAUAAGCAAACUGGACUGUCCAUUGGAAGUUUGUUAAAAUUGUUCAAUGUUCUUCGGGGAUGUCAUCCAUCUUGAUAAGGGUGUCAACCAUUACUUCCACCAGCACACAAUUUUUACUUGGAUACAUAUUCACAAGAACAUAUGAGGGAAAAUAUCCCAAAAGCUGAGUAAUAGAAACAUUGAAAUAUGAACAUGUUAAAACAGAGUUCCACGGGAUUUUUUUUCACACAAUUUGAACUGAAACUUGGAAGAUAAAGGUUCAUCAUAUAAAAAUCUUUGUUGAGGUCUGAAAAUGAAUUGGUUUCAAUGUAUACAUACGUUGGAAAGAUGGCAGAAUUACUACAAUCAGGUCAAUAAAUAUAAAGAUCUUCAAUUGAAUAAAAUAGUUUAAUUGGUCAAUCAAUUUUGUUUAUGAUGUACAAUAUAAGAAAUAAAUUCCAGAUAUUUUCAAAGUGUCAUUUUGUGGUACAUAGCACCUGGAAAUCAAAGUCAGAUCUUGCAUUUUCCUCAGCUUAGGUACACUUUUUCUAUUGAAAGCAUAAUGCCAGAUUUGGAUCAAGCUGUCUGAUAUUUCAGUCCAGUUUCCCUUUAUGCUACAUUUAAUAUCUGUUUGUAGCUUUUAUACAAAAGAAUAAAUCCAAAAUAUCAAUCCUAUUUACACAGGUGUGUGUGACUUUAUUUUACAUUAAGGGUAUCAUAUUUAACAGAAAAAGAAAGCAGUGUAGAAAGUCAUUGUUAAGAGACAUAUUUGGAUGAAAAUGCAUUUUGCUUUUGCGAAUGUCAUGCUUAUUGCCUGGUUAGUUGUACCUUGAACAAAUAAGAGAGAUAUGAAGUUUGAACAGGCUGAGUAGCUAGUCUCACCUAGCUUAAUAAUUUCACUAAGGAGCUUAUUGGCCUUUGAGGCACUUUCUUUGUUUGGGAAGGAAUCACCAUCAGUAUCAAUUGUGAUUAGUAAACCAUCGAUGUAAUUGCAAGGGAACAUGUUACAAACAAAUUGGUAUUGAAAAAAUUUGAAUAGACCUUUUGCUACAAAGUUCUUCCCCCAGGAGACUGGGAAAUCAUUGAGGAAAAGGCUAAUAAUUCAUAAUUUUGCCGAUUAAAUCAGAACCCACCUUCAAAAAAUUUGAGAUACUGUUCCGUAGUUUUUUCAACACCUAUCCAAUCACUAAAAAAUAUUGAUAGUUGCCCUAGAGAUAAAAAUGAAAAGUUUCCACUUUCCCAACAUGGUUGAUAUGCAAUUAUUGACUUAAAACCGUUAAUCCUCCCUAUAUUAUCACAUUAUUUUGAUAAUUUUGAAAAUCCUUUGGUACUAAUCUGCACAUAAGUUGAUUGCUAUGUCUGCAGAUAUUUUAUAACCAGAGCUCAUUUUUUUUUUUAUUAAAGAAGAAAGACAUGCAACUUAUGUCUUACACACCAUUGCAUUUCAUAUCAGCAUAUGCUUUUCCUAAAAGGCACACUGCCCAUCCUCACUCCAUCACAUUUUUCAAGCAAGAACAAUUUCCAUUCAAACAUGCAGUAACACCAUGCCAUAUUUAACAGCACCAAACUUUCAUUCAAUAACAAUGCCAAUAUCUAUAUGCGUACUAACUUCGCAUGAUACACUUCAGAGACAAAUCAACCAUUUUACAACCGUCAUACAUCAUUACCAAUUGCAAUGGUCUUCAAAGUCACCCACAUCACACGCUCAUUGAGUCUGGAAUUCCGAUCUUUUUCUCACAUUCAUUUUACCUACACCCUCACCCUAUGACAAUUCAUAAAUCCACCAUUCAAGACAAACUGAAGAAAGGAUCACACUAAAGCACUCACCUUUCCUACUGCAUGUCUCUGAAUUGCCUCUUUGAAGCAUGUAAUACACACCUUGACAUAAAGACACUCAAAACUAAAUAGCACUUAACAGAUGGCUUACCUUUUAGUUCUGGGUAUCUGACUGUCUUAGUCUUAGUUUGUUUUGACUGUGACAUUUACAAAUCUCAAUAGAUAUGAUCAAUGGAAAAAAAUUAUAAUAGGUCUAUAAUUUCCCUUUUAACUCUGCUUAUGAUGUUAAAUUUGGUGUUCUAGUGAUUAAAAAUAUGUGGUUUGAAAAUAGGAUCAUUGGGUUUCUUAUUUAAGUAAAGAAAAUUAACUAGACAGCAAGGCUGGCAAAUAUACAGACACUCAACAGAAAAGAUGCAAUUUCUAUCACUCCAUUUUAACAUAAACAAGUAUAUUCCAGUAACAGUAAAUUUUGUAAAAUAUAACCCUAUCACAUAGAUAUUCAAAAGAAACCUACCUCUUUACAAAAAAAAAA